GCCCGUGACCAGCAAUAAGCUGCAGUCGUUGAUAUCCCAUCGACCACCAUGGACGGCUUCUCGCUCAACAUCUCGGCGUCUAGCGGCGCGCGCAAGCCUGCCAAGAAGAAGAAUACAUUCCGUGCCAAGCAACAGGCCAAACGCGCAAAGGCCAAGGCGAAUAAGGCUGGAAAAGUGCCUCAAAAGCCGCGCAACCUGCAGGUUAGCGGACAAAGCCACGGUCACAAGCAGCAUGCCGUCGGCGAUGGCAACAACCAGCGCAAACCUGUGGCACACAAACCACAGCCGAAGAUUGAAGCUCCAAAGGUUGAAACACCGACGGUCGAUGUGAUCGCUGCUGAGCCUGAUGAGACUGUGGAGGUUGUGCCAGUGCAGAAAGAGGAGGAUUCGGAGGAGGACGAGUCUGAAGAGGAGACACAAAAGGCAAAGGAAGCGGAAGUGGCAAAAAGUGAUGACGAAUCGGAAGAAACCGAGAAGUCCGCGGAGGUGAAGUCGAAGACGUUUGGCACGCGUCGUAACCCGAACAAAGAGGGCUACAAUGUGGAGAAGUUCACUCAGGCAAGUGUUAAGAUCGACAAUGUGCUGUCCAAACCGUUGACGUCAUCGUCCAGUGAGAAAAUCUUUGCAGCUAAUACAUAUACAUUCGAGUCGAUGCAAAUGACUGAGAAGCUGGUGAAUGUGCUCAAGAAAGAUUCAGAGAGCGGCGGCUUCGGCUUUGCUCGACCGACCAACGUGCAGGUGCAAACGAUUCCAUCUGUGCUGAAGGGCAACGAUAUUCUGGUGAAGAGUGAAACAGGAUCCGGUAAGACGCUCUCGUACUUGUUGCCUAUCGUUCAGAAACUGCAGGCGGUGUCCCCACGUAUCCAGCGGCAGGAUGGCUGUAUGGCGCUGGUAUUAGCCCCAACACGAGAGUUGUGUACGCAGAUUCUGGAGACUGCAAACAAACUCAUCCAACCGUUUGUGUUCCUGGUACCGGGUGCCAUUAUUGGUGGUGAGAAGAAGAAAGCGGAGAAGGCACGAUUGCGCAAGGGCAUUACCAUCUUGAUCGCUACGCCUGGUCGUCUAGCGGACCACCUCGUCAACACUCAAUCAUUCAACUACUCUCGUCUGCAGUUUUUGGUGCUUGAUGAAGCAGAUCGACUACUAGAUAUGGGUUUCGAGAAGCAGAUCACGCAGAUUCUGACCAUUCUGGACGGCAAGAAGACGCCUCAGAAGCGACAGAACAUUUUAGUCUCUGCAACUAUCAACAGCGGAGUUCAGCAGCUCGCGAAGAUGAGUCUCUCCACCCCCGUACUAAUUGAUGCAGACGCGGUUACUAGUGGUGAAGAACCACCGUCGGAGAUCAAGCCUGCUAGUCAGGAGAAGUUCUCUACACCUCACCAGCUGAUGCAGCACUUCAUGCUCGUCCCAGCGAAGGCGCGUCUGUGUGCAUUGACUUGCUUCUUGCGUGAAGAACUGCGUCACGCCCCUCGUGAUAAAACCAAGGAUGGCGGUCCCGGCAAAUGCAAGAUUGUGGUCUUCCUGUCCACCUGUGACGCCGUAGACUUCCACUACGCUCUGUUCCGCAAAUGCGCUUGGCCAUCAGGAAAAGGAUCGUCGGAUGAACCUGAAAGCAGCGGAAACAACGGAGUAGCGUCGCUUUUUGGAAGCCAAGGUCCUGUAUUCCGCCUGCAUGGCAACAUCCCCCAACAAGAACGUGUGACGACGUUCAAGAGCUUCUGCUCUUCGAGUUCCGGUGUGCUACUGUGUACUGAUGUUGCUGCUCGUGGUCUUAACUUGCCUACUGUCAAGUGGAUCGUCCAGUAUGAUCCGCCAACUGAGACGCGUGACUACGUGCAUCGUGUGGGUCGUACAGCCCGAAGUGGAAACCAAGGUAGCAGUCUGCUGUUCCUGAUGCCGUCUGAAUCGGAAUACCUGAACUAUCUGAGCAAGCAGGGCUUGCAGCUGAAUGCUCUGAGUCUAGAGAAGACCGUCGCUCGUGUUGGUAAACACGGGGGAUUCCUGACCACGUCUCGCAAGAAGCUGCUUCACGAGGUAGUGCAGAGCGAUCUACAGUUCCUGUAUGAGCAGACGCUGUUGGCAGACAAGGAACUGUUUGAAUUGGCUUGUCAGGCUUUCCACUCGUUCGUGCGAAGUUACGCCACGCACUCGUCUGACACACGAAACAUUUUCCAUGUCCGAAGUCUGCACUUCGGUCACGUUGCCAAGAGCUUCGCUCUGCGUGAACCGCCUGCGUCGUCAAAGUUGCGUGACACUGGACGAAAUGCCAAGAAGGGUACGCUCCAGAAGCGCAAGGAGCGGGAUGACAAGCAACAAGCUGUAGUCGCUAAGAAGCAGAAGAAGAUGCGCGACGAGAAGCGCAGGUAUGCGCAGAACGUCUCGGAGUUCGCCGACUAGUCCUGCCUUAACAAACAAUAUAGAACACGUCGCACGGGAAUGCAUAAAAGUUAUCAAGUAUCGAUCAAGUGCUCUUCCUCUUCUUGGACUUCUGCUGCUUGGCUUUCCCCUUCUUCGCUGG